AUGACUACUAUGGAUCUUCGCGUCGGCAAUAAAUACCGCAUUGGCCGAAAGAUUGGUAGUGGUUCUUUUGGUGAUAUCUACCUUGGCACCAACAUCAUCUCCGGUGAAGAGAUUGCUAUCAAGCUUGAGUCUGUCAAGGCUAAGCAUCCUCAACUCGAAUAUGAGGCUCGUGUCUAUAAGUCCUUAGCUGGUGGUGUUGGCAUUCCUUUCGUUCGCUGGUUCGGUACAGAAUGUGAUUACAAUGCCAUGGUUCUUGAUCUUCUCGGUCCCAGUUUGGAGGAUCUCUUCAACUUCUGCAACCGCAAGUUCUCUUUGAAGACCGUUCUUCUCCUCGCCGAUCAACUCAUCUCCCGUAUCGAGUACAUUCACGCCAAAUCCUUCAUCCAUCGUGAUAUCAAGCCUGACAACUUCCUCAUGGGUAUUGGUAAACGCGGUAACCAAGUAAAUGUCAUUGAUUUUGGUUUGGCCAAGAAGUACAGAGACCCAAAGACUCACUUCCACAUCCCAUACCGUGAGAACAAGAACUUGACUGGUACCGCUCGUUAUGCCUCCAUCAACACUCAUCUUGGUGUCGAGCAAUCCCGUCGUGAUGACAUGGAAUCCUUGGGAUAUGUCAUGCUUUACUUCUGUCGUGGUUCUCUCCCAUGGCAAGGUCUUAAGGCUGCUACCAAGAAGCAGAAGUAUGACCGUAUCAUGGAGAAGAAGAUGACCACUCCUACCGAAGUCCUUUGCCGUGGAUUCCCUAAUGAGUUCGCCAUCUAUCUCAACUAUACCCGUUCUCUUCGAUUCGAUGACAAGCCAGAUUACUCUUACCUCCGAAAGAUCUUCCGUGAUCUUUUCGUUCGUGAAGGUUUCCAAUACGAUUAUGUCUUUGACUGGACUGUCUACAAGUACCAAAAGAAUGCUCAACAACAAAUCAAGCCACAAGAGGGAGAGAAGGCAUCAGCUGAGGUUCAAACCAGCGCUCAAGCAACUGCUGGAAACAAUGCUGGUAGACAACGCAAGACUGUUACUCCAAUUCAGCAACAGGGACAAGCUCCAGAAGGAACUGGCCACUAG